AUGUGCCGUUGCAGGUGCGAGAAAACCUUGGAAAAGCUUUUCGAGGGCGCCGUGGUGGGCAGCAAAGUGGCGCGCAUGAUCAGCGGCCGGUGGACGGACUCUGGGGCCACCGUCGCCGAAAACCGAACCGCGCUGGGAUUCUACAUGGACCGGGCGACUCGCGCGCGACUCCGGCUUGACGGCCGCCGAAUGCAGGACGUCUGGAUGCGGUCGUACCGGGCGGCGCCCGUCAUGGUGGCCGCGGCCACGGGAGACGUGGCCGCCGUGGCCAUGCUGUUGCGGUACGGCCCGGACGAGCGGUCGGUGCGCGCGGCCAUCGGGUACCUGCGCCGCCGUUCCGCCGACCGGGACCGCGGUCCGCCGUUCCCCGAUCGCGUCCAGUCGUGUCUGGAACUGCUACUCAGGGCCGUCGCCUGCGAGGGCGGCGGUCGCUGCAGUGUCAGUGGCGACGAGGACCGCUGCGGCGGCGAGUACGGUAGUAGCGACGAUUACGGAGGAUGCGGCAACAGCGGCGUCAAAGUCGUUCCGGUACCGCCGACACUGCUGCACCUGGCCAGGUGCGCCGUGCGCAACGCGUUGCACCAAAACUUCAAUCUACCGCACGGCAUACCGCAGUUACCCGUGCCCAGGUCAUUGGUAUCGUAUUUAGACCUCGAGUGUUGA